AUGUCCCCCCCAGACACUCUCUCGGACGCUCUCCCAGACGCUCUCCCGGACAUCCCCCCCCGUCCGGCCGAUAGCGACCCCGACAACCAGUUUCUCUGCCUCACCAUCUGCGGCUACCGACGGCCGGGGAUGAGCGAGCAAGACUACCGCCACCACAUGACCAAGAUCUCGGCGCCCAUGACACGCGACCUGAUGGUCAAGUACGGCGUCAAGCGAUGGACCAUGAUCCACAACCAAACACCCACGCGAGCACUCAUGACACGCCUCUUCGACCACCAGAUGGCCAACCUAGCCGACUUUGACUGUUUUAGCCUGGUCGUCUUCCGCAGCGUCGACGACUACAAGCGCAUGAAGGAGGACCCUUGGUACCGCGAGCACCUGGUCGAUGACCACACCCUGUUUGCCGAUACCCGCCGCAGCAUGAUGACGAUUGGUUGGGUGACCGAGUUUGUGCGCGAUGGCCGGGUCGUGGACGGGAUGGAGGGUAGCUGA